AUGGUCGCGUACAGCCGACCGCGUUGUGUUCAACUGCCUGAUGGAGACAGGGUUACCUUGCUGUCAAGAGACGCGAUCAAGACUCUCAUUGUUACCGUUCAAGGCAUUCAGGCCAUAAUCCUGCUUUUAGGCAGUCAAAUCGACCCUUCUGCCCUAAGUUUCACACUGUUGAUGGCUGUCGAUAUCAUUUUCUUUCCCAUUGCCCUUUUCGGGUUGCUGAGGCUGUGCAGUUGCCUGUGGCUUACGGACGAGUUCUCAUUCGCCUCGAUGGAGGACAUCCCUGCUGGUUCUCCACAACCCAUUAGCUGCAGCAUGCCAUCAUUCGAGAUAUUGGCUGCCAACCCUGCGACGACUGAACUCCAAGAAUUUCACAACUCAGAGUUUUGGGGUAGCAGAACAUUUCGAUGCACCUAUGCCCUGGUGCUCCUCGCUCUCCUGGGGUUGGCCCUGUCAUUCAUGAUCCCACAAGGAGACACUUUCUACACAACGACGACUUUUGUAGUGAUUAUCUUCUACCUAGGCGUGAUCGGGAUGAGUGCGCUGAUAACAACCUGGUACAUGGGCAUCACAGGAGCCAAGUCUACCGUCUUGCCUUGCAUAUCGUCCGCCUGGUACAAAUUCUACACCGGCGUUCUGUUGGGAUUCGGAAUUGCCGUGAUUGUCAUCGCAUGCAUUGAGACUCGCAAAACUCCUUGCGGAAAGUUCACAAGCGGUCCAGGUAUACAGGCUGAUCUGUUAGCGUGCUUGCGCGGCAAGUUCGACAAGACCGAGCAUCAAGAUAUUGUUGACGGUCCAUAUAAUGGCACCAUUAGUUAUGGCUUCCAACGCCCCAACAAUGCAAGCUACGUGGUAGCUUACUACGAGGAUGAUCAGCAAAACGUUUUCAACUUUACUAGAAUGUGCUUUAGUAGUAUGUUUGGAAUCUAA